GGGCGGCGGCGGUGGGCGAGGGAGGGAGGGAGGGGUGGGGGGGAUCGCAGCAAAUGGCGAAGAAGUUACCGGGACUCGCCCUGUACUUGGCGCACGGGAAUGUCCUGACUGCCGGCAACAUGGACUCGGAGAAGUUACAGGCAACUGGAAAAUCAUUCGAGUGUGUGGAACUUGGAGAUGUGGGUACAAAAAAGCAAAAGGUUCCUCGGAAAAUCAUUCACUUUGCCAGCGGAGAAACUAUGGAAGAAUACAGCACAGAUGAGGAGGCUGGGGAAAUUGAAAAUAGAGACUUGUUGCCUGCGAUUGACACUAGUCAGCUUACAUGGGGGCCAUACCUCUGGUUCUACAUGCUGAGAGCUGCUACAGGAACAUUGUCAGUAUGUGACUUCCUGGGAGAAAGGGUAGCUUCCUUGUUUGGUAUAAAUACACCAAAGUACCAGUACGCUAUUGAUGAAUACUACAGGAUAAAGAAGGAGGAAGAGGAGGAAGAGGAAGAAAACCAAAUGUCAGAAGCAGCUGAAAAACAUUACCGGGAACAAAUGGAGAAGCAACAAGAGGUGAUCAGUUCACAAGACAGCCUGCCGGCUGCUAGCCCUUCGUUUGUCAAUGUUGGCUUUGAAAUAGAAAAUGAACCAACAAAUAUAACGGAAAGUAAAGCAAGACGGGAUUCUAUCCCAGCUUAGAGGAGGCCACAAUAGGGAAGAUAAUGCAAGGACCAACCUCCUCUCCUCCCCCUUCUGAAUGAAAUAAAUAUGCCUUAAUUUACCGGUGGUUCUAAAAUAAACAAAUGCAAUUGUGCCUUGAAAUUAACAUCAGAAGAUGAACCCUUUUGUCCCUUAAAUUUACUUUUUACAUUAAAGUUACUUAUGAUGCACCUCUGUUUAUCACUUUUGAAGUAGAAUCUUGUAUUAUUAACAAUCCUUGCGUUUGACAUAGCGCCUUUCCCGCCAGGAAGUUGUCUCAAAAGUGCUUCACAGGAUGUACUGUAAAGUGUAAUGACUGUAUUUGCAUUGUUUGAGACAUAGUUAUUUAUUUGUAGUAUGAUUAACUGUUCUUUAUAAAUCUAAUCGAAUCCACUCAUUUUUGUAAACUGAAAACUUUAAUAAAAAUGUAUGCAAACUAA